AUUGUAUAAGGUACACAGCUUCUUCUCCCGUUCUGAUAAUUGUAUCCUAAAUCACACUGAAUCUUGGAUUCAAAGACUUCAGGGAUGGGAAGUUUCUUCAGGAUGAUUCUUUUGCUUUUUUGCUUUAUCUUGGUGGUGGGGGUUACAGAGCUCCAUGCUGCCAGAGAUGAAUGCCAACCCACAAAGUGCAAUCACCAUACCAUCCGAUUCCCAUUCCAACUUAAGGGGCAGCAACAGCCGGAAAAGUGCAGCUAUCCUGGAUUUGAACUGUCCUGCAUGGACAAAAAGCAAACUGUACUAGAGCUGCCGCGGAAUGUGACGUUUUUCGUAAAGCGUAUAGAUUACAGAGCACGGAGGAUUCAGUUAUACGAUCCCCAGGGAUGCCUCGCGCGGCAACUUUCCAAUAAUUUAUCUGCAUCUCUCUUCCUGGAGUACAGCUCUCCAUUCAGCCCUCAAAUGCAACCUCAAGAAUACACUAUUUUCAAUUGUUCAGGCAAAGGACAAAUGCCAGAUAGAGAUGAAUAUCACACAAUUCCUUGCUUAAGCAUCCAAGGAUUCCAAGUUCUAGCUUUGCCUUCCGAUUAUGGUGCUGAUGUUCAGUUGAGUUGGUCCAAACCAAACUGUACCAUAUGUGAAGAGGAAGGCAGGAAAUGCAAACUGAAGAAAAAUAAUAGUACUACAGAGGACGAGACAGAGUGUUAUGGUAGAUCCAAGAAACAAAGAGAUUGUAAUAGAUUUGAAGAACAUAUCAAGAAUCUAACUUUUGAAUCUUUUACAGAUAGACCGAAACAACUGAUGGCUACAGGAAUAAUCCUAGAGAAUUUCGAAGCCAAGGUCAGCCAAUCGAGGGAAUUAGAUAGGACCCAUUGCAAGGAAGAAGAGUCUGAAUUCGAUUUGGAAUAGAACUCAAAUGCACAAAGGUAUGAAUUUGAAUUUAGAAGGAGAAGUUAUCCACAUUCCUAGUUGGGUUAUUGGAUUUCAAUUCCGAAUAAUAUUGGAUUUUAUCU